AUGGAGAACUCUUUCCCUGUUAUGUCCAUUUUACCUUCUUCCUUGAUAUUUUUCUCUCUUUGCCCACGGUAUAAGUAUUGGAUUAGGAUUGUGCGGAUGCCAUCUGUAUCGACAGAAGCACAUCUACAUAUAGGAGAGGCAGUGAAGUCGGUGCUGCGCGGCGAAUGUGUUGCGACGGUGGAGUUCCUUAAGGUGCUUUCGGCGGCCGCUUCACGUCGCGAUGGUGGUCGCCCACUCGAGGAAGUUUCUGGUGACACAGUCGUCAUAGGUCCAUGCAGAGGGCACGCCGCAGACUUGGCUCACUGUUUAGAUACGCACGUCUUAAGUAGGGCAAUACAAGGAAAGCUGAAUCUUGUUUUCCUCGGCAACUACGUGGACGGCGGCCAUCACUCCGUUGAGGUUUUGUACAUGCUCGCCCUUUGUAUGCUGGACCUUCCCUCUGUUACACCGCUGGUUGGACGCCACGAAAUGUUCUACCCGUUCCCCCCGGGAGAUUUCGGAUCGUUGCGAGCAGAGCUCCGCCUGCGCUCAAUACACUGUGAUGUUCCACUGGAUUCCAUUGAAGAAACGGUGCGACGCUUCUUUUCCACGCUCCCUGUAGCCUGCAUUAUAAAUAAGCGUUUUUUCUGUUCGUCCAGUGGGAUUGCUUCUACGUACCGUUUCACAGAAGAAAUUUCCAGGGAGCGCUCACGGCUGCGGUUAAAUGAGUUUGUUCAAAAUCAACCCAUGAACGAGGAGGAGGACAAGCUUUACGCCGGUUGCGCCUUCGUCGGCUCACACACGGCAACAGGAAAUUGUCUGAGGUACACCCAUAACGCGUUGUGUAACUUUCUGUUGCGCAACGACUUAUUCACCCACAUUGCUGGUAUCGAAUUCCACGCGUCGAGUGAGCGCUCGGAAAACUUUAUGAGUUUUGACCGGUACAGAGAGUCCAGGUAUCUUCCUGGUUGGAUGUUUGGCAGGAUACGUAAGGGCCUUCGCGUGCCCAGCUACAUUUUCCUCUUUUCAGCUCCGCAUUUCUGUGAUGUGAACAAGAAUAGCGGCUGCAUCUUGACUAUUGUCGGGAACAGGACCGUGGAGUUGCAGCAGUUGGAUAUGUACGUGUCACGACCAUUAAUUAUGCCCGGUGAAGCGAGCCAUGGAUUUGCAUGGUCGCAGGGUAUUCUCUUGAAGACUUUGAGAAAUUUUUUUUACAGUGUAUUGUACGAUAAAGUUGAUGUGAACGCGAAUGAGUGUGGUGAGCGCCAUCUCGUCGCUAAUGCCAAGCUUCCCUCAGAGGAGGAAGUUAUGAAGUUGAAGUAUCGUAGGAUGUGCGAACUAGUAAAAAAACACUUGCUGCAAAAAUAG